AUGCAGUCUGCCCAGAACUCCGCGGGUAUUCAGACGCUGCUUGAUGCAGAAAAAGAAGCACAAAAGAUCGUCCAGAAAGGCAAGUGGUUCAACCGGACACAGAGAGUAAAGGACGCCAAAGCGGAGGCACAGAAGGAAAUUGAAGAGUACAGACGGAAGAAGCAAGAGGAAUUUAAGAAAUUCGAAGCAGAGCAAACGAGCGGUAACAAGAAGGCCGAAGAUGAUGCCAACAAGGAAGCAGAGGCUAAGGUCAAGGAGAUCGACGCGGCCGGGGGAAAAUACGGAAGCAAAGUGGUGGAGGACCUGAUCAAGGCCGUCACGACUCCCCAUCCCGACGUUCCUGACAAGAUCUCAGUGGAGGAUUGA